GUGAAACUAGGUAAUAAAUGAAACUCAUUAUGUCAGUUUUAUUUUUUUCAAAGCACCGAUGGACUUGAAAUUGUGUUUCCUUAUUCUGUGUAUGUUAAUGCAGGAGAUUUGGUCAAGGCAAGGUUUGACGCUAAGACAAAGAAGAAUACUCCCUUGCAUAUUCGAGAGUAAACUCUCAUCCAAUGAUUCUCAGUGGUUGGUAGCAAGUGAGCUUACUCAAAGAAAGGCCUGGCUAGUGCCAAGGAGCAUGUCAGGGUCUCUUGAUUCAGAUGGUGUGAAAUUCAUUUUUAAGGAAUCAUCAGUGAAUUUUAUCCAGUUUUUGAAAGAUGAUGGAUAUGAUUUAGUAUGUGAGAUUAAGGUCUAUUUCACUGACAACAUCCAGAUCCUAUGGCCUGGUAUCCAGAUGAAAGAAAGUACACUGGAUUCCUGGUUCACUAACACCAUUAAGCACAUAAACAACAAUUUUCAUUUGACAAUAUUUUUUACUAAACUUUCAGAGAGGCAGCUGAAUGAAGAUGCUGUGCCCCACCUUUACAGCUCCCACGGAGAUGUCCUGCAUGUAUCUGCUGCGUUUAUGUUGAGUACCAAGACUCCAGUUGUUCAGACAAGACUAAAUGCCAAUGUCUUAUUGGACUGCAAAUUCUCUGUGGAUCACAAGGCAGUUGUUAAUAUCCAGUGGAGUUUACGGAGAAAGGGUGGCCAAAAGUUUACAAUACUUUCUUACAAUGGAUCCACAAAGCUGAUAAAAUAUCAUCUUAAAGGAAUUUCAAUGAAUGUAGAAGGAAUACCAAAUGGAAGCGCCUCCCUUCUUUUGACUAGCAUGACUGUUGACAAUGAAGGGGUAUAUUUCUGUUCAGUAUCUGUGUCUUCAUUAUAUGCUGACCAGGAAAUCCAUGUACAAGUUGUAGAAAGCCCUACUGUUACAAUAAAUGCUGAUUCAUUAUUACUUUCUGAGGGGCUGGAACAUAAACUUGUAUGUGACGCCUCAUAUUACUAUCCACUUGAUGUUAGCAUUGAAUGGUUACGAGAGCAGCCAAAUCAGAAGUUGUUGCCAACUGUAUUGAAGAAUGUCCUACUGAAAAGCCACAAGCUCCACAGCAAUGGUACCUACAGCCUUUCCAGUUUCUUCAUGCUCACUGCAGCCCUUCAAGAUGAUGGUGCUGUGUAUACGUGUCGUGUGGAACAUGCAAGCUUAAAGCACCCUAUAAGGAGAAGUGUGAAAAUUAGCGUGCAAAGAGCCACAAUUUGGGAAUAUCAUUUAUUGAUUCUGGGAAUAAUCGUCACUGCUUUUGUUGGGUUUCUUCUCAUUAUGCUGAAGUAUCUUCAAAACGUGAAAGAAUUAAAAAAGCAUGUAUUCCAGUAUAAAAAGAACUUGACGUUAGCUUUGAGAAAGCCAUAUUAAGAAGAAAGCCAUGUUAGAAAAAGUCUCAUUACAGGGCCUGUGACAAACAUGUUUGUAUCUGCAUUGGGGAGACAUAAAACUGCAUGUUAAACAAAUCAUACAUCAUAAGUACAAAAAGAAACACCUCACAAACAAGUAUAUGUGUACUGGUCAACGAUCAUUGAAUGAUAAAAUGACAAAGACUGGAAAUACAGCGCAAAUGAAACAGGAGUGCAGAAUCUGUGAAGGGUCAUGUAAAGUAUUAUUAUGCCUUCCAGCACUUCAACCAGUCAUGGUACUGUCAUCAAGACACAUUGUAAACAGAGAAGCCUCGAAGGACCUUGGCGCUGACUAUUUAUACAAGUGUGAUGUUGUGGUUAUAACAUAAAAACUUGGGCACUGAACUCCUCUAGCUGUAAAGCAAAUUAGGGAUUCUCAACUCCUUGGUUGCCACAGAAAACUGGAGUAUGAAGAAAUUGAAACAAACUCCGACUUCUAAGGGGUUAAAACUGAUUCUAAAUGGAUGUGUUAAAACAUAAAAAUUGAACACAUAGUCAACAGCAGAAAUGUUUGCAAAAAAAUGUAAAAAAUAAACAGUAAGAUUUAAAGAACUAAUGCACAUUUAUUUACUGUUUUGAUACUGCAUCUACUUUUGCUACAAAUAAAUGUGACAAAUAAAAAAAUAUAUAUAUAAA